AUGAUCAUAAAUUUCGCUAUAAAGCCGCCGCGUGUCGAACAUUGUCGUGGGCCAACAUUGACAUGCAGUUAUGGUUGCGUAUUUUCACCGCUAGCUCUACUCAGUUGCGGGAAGAUUAUUCCCUUUUUUCUAACGGACCCUCAAACAAAGCUGGGGCAGCGAGGGACGGAAUUUGCCACAGCUACAACAGGGGUAGACCUUGCCCAUUACGACCCAAUUGCCCUUACACUCACCGAUGUAACCGAAUUGGCUGUGGGGGGAACCAUCCUGGGUACCAAUGUCCACAAUCCCGUGGGGAAAACGAUCAUAACGACGACCACCCUUCACAAUCCGCCCGUAGCUCCGCGAAGACCAACAGAAAAUAGAACUGUUAGUUUAAAGUGUAGUAUAUAUAAUAGCAGUAAUUCAAUACCUUUAGAUAAUACUAUAGUUACGCCAAUUCGCGUUGACGCGCUUGAAGGUGCUCUUUGUGGGCAUUCCAAUUCAUCAUUCGUUUUGAAACUCUGUUCAGACUUGCGUUUCGGUGCUCGUCUCGGUUACGAUGGUCCUCGCAUGUCCAAAUUUUCGAAAAACCUCAAGUCUGCCAUUGACAAUCCAACUAUUGUUUCAACUAACUUAGCUAAGGAAGUUGCUCUUGGCCACACAGCUGGUCCUUUGACCAAUCCCCCAUUUGCUAAUUUACAGGUUUCGCCGAUUGGCAUUGUACCUAAAAAGCAUUCAGAUAAAUUUCGAACCAUUUUUCACCUCUCGUUUCCAAAAACGGGAGAAUCAAUCAAUUCCUUUAUCAAGAAAGACGACUUUUCAUUGCAGUCCAUAAAAAUCAACGACGCAAUUGCGGCUUUAAUCCGAUUAGGCAGAGGCACUUAUCUAGCUAAAACUGACAUAGAAUCUGCUUUUCGUCAAUUUCCUGUUCAUCCUGACGACUGGGAGUUAUUAGGCAUAUAUUGGAACAAGUCCUAUUAUUUUGGUCUGCGUAGUGUGCCGUAUAUAUUUUCAAUCAACUUUCGGAUGCACUUGAGUGGAUUUUACUCAACAAGUGUUUUAUAA